AUGGUUUCAAAGACAGCAAGAGGAAAAAAUCUUAAAGGUAAGAAAAAAAGAAAUAUAAAGAAAAUCACUAAGGCUAUUAGUAACAAAAAGGUAAAAAAUGAACAAGAAGUAGUCUUACAAAAUUCAAGUAAUAGUGAAUUUGAAAUAAACAACAGUUAUAUACACUAUCCAUAUGAUAGUUAUUAUAACACCUAUGAUGUUAUAUAUAUUGAUUAUACACAAAAUUAUAAUGAUGAGUUUUUUACUAAUAUAGAAAGUAGUGAAAAUACUUAUCAAGCACAAGAUUAUAUUGAUUGUCAAUACAUACCACAAGAAUUUGAUGUACAAAGUGAAUAUUAA